AUGUCUUCUAUAUCGAAUGAAACAUAUGAAGGUACAAUUAAAAAGAACAAACAUAUUGAGCUUACACAUGAACAAAAGCAUGAAAUUCGGGAGGCUUUUGACUUAUUUGAUAUGAACGGUACUGGAACGAUUGAUUUGAAAGAAGUAAAAGUGGCUAUGCGUGCCUUAGGUUUUGAACCUAAGAAAGAAGAAAUGCACGAACUAAUUGCUACUCUGAACAAAGAUAGCAAUGGUACUAUAAAUUAUGCUGAUUUCGUGACCAUGAUGACGUUAAAAAUGAGUGAAAAGGAUCCACACGACGAGAUACGAAAGGCUUUUUACCUUUUCGAUACGGACAAAACGGGUAAAAUUUCAUUUCAUAAUUUGAAACGUGUUGCAAAGGAACUUGGUGAAAAUAUGACAGAUGAGGAAUUACAAGAAAUGAUUGAUGAAGCAGAUUGUGACGGAGAUGGAGAGAUUAAUGAAAAGGAGUUUUUACGCAUUAUGCAAAAGACCACUUUAUACGAAGACAAAGUGUCAAAGUCUUAA